GUCUUACGUUCAACAUAAUAAACGCUUUGAAAAAAACCUAUAAAAUUUUGUAAAAAUAAAAAAACAAGUUUUUUUUUCACACAAAAACAAAUUUAUUUAAAAUAGAAUUGCAAAGAUAAAAAGCCGUUGGAACUUACAAAAAUAACGUCGGCAUUUAGAAAAAAUCUAUGACAUAUUUAAAAAUAUAGUGAAAUUUAUUAAAAUAAAACAAGAGCAAUAAGAAAUCGGAAAAGAAAAAUGCAGUGUAGUUGAAAAAGAAGUGCAAAAUAUCUUUUAUAUAUAAAAAAGUGUUUAAACAAAAAAAAAAUAAAUAAAUUGAAUAAAGAAAACUCACUUUUUGUUAUCAAAUUGUUAAAAAAGAACUACAAAAACGCCAAUAUGCUUAUCGGUUCUCAUCCUUAUUUGUGCAAUGGCGCUGGAGGCGUUAUAACGGGAAAUGCUGCUAAUAACGCAAAUCCCAAUACAACCACAACAAACAGUAAAACAGCCGCCGGCUCUGCUACAGAUUUUUCUAUAGCCGCCAUUAUGGCUAGAGAAGAAAACUCCUCGAGCCGUGAAUCAUCCGUGAGAUCAGCCAGUCCCAUUUCCAUUGAAGACGAAGUCGAUGUUGAUGUAGUCGACUGCAGUGACUCUGAAGAGCCUCCCACCAAAUCACGUCGUUUAAAUAAUUCCAAUUGCAGCUCUAGCACCGGUAAUCUAUCACACACCCAAUUGAACACCAGCACCGCCAGUAGUGUAGGACGGUCCACACCACCUCAAUCACCAGCUAGUGAUUUAGAUGGUGAGCGUUCUUCACCUGAACCCGCACCAAAAGCUCCCAAAAUAGUGGGCUCUUGCAAUUGUGAUGAUUUGAAACCGGUACAAUGUCAUUUGGAAACUAAAGAAUUAUGGGAUCGUUUCCAUGAAUUGGGCACAGAGAUGAUUAUCACCAAAACUGGAAGACGCAUGUUUCCUACUGUUCGCGUUAGUUUCUCAGGUCCCUUGAGACAAAUACAACCUGCCGACCGUUAUGCUGUUUUAUUAGACAUUAUACCCAUGGAUUCAAAGCGUUAUCGUUAUGCUUAUCAUCGUUCAGCGUGGUUGGUUGCUGGUAAAGCUGAUCCCGCACCGCCCGCUAGAUUAUAUGCUCACCCCGAUAGUCCAUUCAGCUGCGAAGCUUUGCGUAAACAGGUCAUUUCCUUCGAAAAAGUGAAACUGACCAACAAUGAAAUGGAUAAAAAUGGACAGAUUGUUUUAAACUCUAUGCAUCGUUAUCAACCUCGCAUACAUUUGGUGCGUUUAAGUCAUGGCCAAAGUAUACCCACAAAUCCUAAGGAGUUGCAGGAAUUGGAUCAUAAAACUUAUGUUUUUCCCGAGACUGUUUUUACCGCCGUUACCGCUUAUCAAAAUCAAUUGAUAACCAAACUGAAAAUUGACUCAAAUCCUUUUGCUAAAGGUUUCAGAGACUCUUCACGUUUGACCGAUUUUGAUCGUGAUCCAAUGGAAGCUUUAUUGUUGGAACAACAACUGAGAUCUCCUUUAAGAUUAUUCCCCGAUCCAAUAAUGCAACAAUUUGCUGCUCAGCAAGGAGCAGAUCCCACCUCUAUGGCAAUAUUUGAAAAAGCCCGCCAGCAUUUACAAAUGUUUGGUGGCAAUUCACCUUAUGCCCAGUUAAUGAUGCCCCAAAUGUAUGCCCAACAGGCACCUCCACCACCCGGUCUAGGAGCCUUCCAUAUGUUCCAACAACAAUGGCCUCAAUUAACUGCAGGAUUUUUAGCUUCUGCCAAUCAACAAGCUGUAGCUCAGGCUCAAGCGGCAGCUCAAGCCCAAGCAGCUGCUCAGGCUGCAGCCCAGGCCCAAGCUCAUGCCAAUCGUACACCUCCUCCACCACCCACAGCCUCAACACCUUCAUCCACCUCUUCGGGGUCGCCGUCACCCGAUAUGAGACCCAGACAAUUUCAAAGAUUUAGUCCUUAUCAAGUGCCCCAACAUCCUUCAGGGUCAGCACCCAGAAGUCCUCCCCAUUAAAUAAAUCAAACAUAUUUGUAAAAAACAACAAAAACUUAACUAUGCCAAAACCAGUAUUACAAAAAACCAACUACUACAACAAUCUCUCAUUAAAUUGUUUUCAACAAAAACAAUUCUAUAAAAAAACAAACAAAAAACUAAAUAAUUCUCAUCAUUCAUUUUGUUAAUUUGUUUUGUACAGUUACUUUUGUAUAUUUAA